UGGUUACAGAACAAGACAUCCAGCGUGAUCUGAUGGCACUGCACUUUUUUUGAGGGGGGAAGUAUUGAACUCCGCUGAGCUUCCCGGCAUUCUGCUUAGAGGAAGCUUCAGGGUUGCCUUUUGAUGCAGUGCUGUCGUCCUUUGAGUCCUCUCAAAUGCUGAGCCUCUGUAAAGUCACAGACUCCUUAUUUAUCAGCAAUUCCAAGUCAGCCUGCAACGAGAGCCUCCUCACUCAAGAGAGAAUUACAUUCUGUCUCAACGUCUCCAGGCAGCAGCCAUUCCCAAGCACUCAGCAAAUCCAAACGCUGAGGAUUCCCGUCUUUGAUGACCCUUCAGAGGACUUGUAUAAGUAUUUUGAUCGCUGCAGCGAUGCCAUAGAAAGCAUAGUUCAGAAUGGCGGGAGGUGCUUAGUCUAUUGCAAAAAUGGUCGCAGCAGAUCUGCUGCCAUCUGCACAGCUCACUUGAUGAGAAACCAAAAUCUCAGCCUGAAGGAGGCCUUUGAGCUUGUAAAAAUGGCCAGACCUGUAGCAGAGCCCAAUCCAGGAUUUUGGUCUCAGUUACAGAAAUAUGAAGAGCAUUUACAAAUGCAGCACCGGGCCGAUCCCUCACAAAAAACUCCUUCACAAUCAGUAUGAUUCUGCUUCAAGUUUAUUGUUUUGGGAAUGAGCUGUAUGUGCCUAAAUAAUAGCAAAGAAGAAAGCCAUAUGCUGUACCCCAGGAAGAUGUUUUUGUAGCUAUCCUGGCUGCACUUAGAAAUAGCCAUAAAGCCGCAGAGACUAUGUUCCUGAGAGAAAACAAAACUCUGCUAUUCCGAAAUGCAAUUAAAACGAUGUCUGGAAGAGACAUCAGAAAAUGCUUGAAAGCGUAUUUGUAAUGCAGUAUGUCUAGACCAUCUUAUUUCAUCAAAAAUAUUCUGAUUGUAUAUGUAUACAUUAACAUGAUAAUCAGCCAUAACGAAAAAGGUCUGUCCAUGUCUGAUCCAUACAUUUUAACAGUGGUUCAAAAGAUCAUGCCAGGAAAGGACUGACGUACACAAGGCUCCUUAGGAUGGGGUGUUUGGAUUUAUGGUCUCAAAUAAAUGUAACCAUACAUGAAUUUAAUGUCACUAUUUUCAAUUGCAGAGGUUUCUAACCACUUAUUUAUCUGCUUCUAACUAUAACUCCUGUCACCUUGACUGCUGCCCAUGUUUUAUACAAUAUAAAAAUACCUUGACAGAAAUCUGGAAGGAGGAAAUAAGCUGCAGCGAGACUGAAAUAGACAAUUUGAUAAAUUCAAUUAAUAAAAUAAAACAUUUAAAUAUAAAGGAAAUGCAACGGAAAAUCCAGACAAAAUGGUAGAGAACUCCUGUGCAAUUAGUUCACAUAACCGGAACCUCCCCAACACAAUGAUGGGACAACUGCAGGAAUACCGGAACAUACACCCACAUGUGGUGGGAUUAUGAAAAAAUACAAAAUUUCCAUAAAAUAAUUAAGGAAGAAAUGGAGGAACUAUUAGGAAACAAGACACAAUUUUUCCUCCAGAAAAUUGAAGGCAAAGGGGGAUCUAAAGAAUGGGAGGGAUUAAUAAAUUACAUGUUAGGGCCCUUCCACACAGCCCUAUAUCCCACAAUAUGUGCUUUGAACUGGGUUCCCGGAGUCCACACUCAGAUAACGUGGGAUUUUCUGGCUUGAUAUUCUGGGAUAUAGGGCUGUGUGGAAGGGCCCUUAGAUGCAUUUAAAGCCUUAGUCGCUUUAGGCUGGAAGGACCAAAAGAAAUAGGACACAAAAACAUGGUAUAAAUAUUUAGCAGACGACUUCCUCCAAGAUUACAUCAGCAAAAGGAAAAGUUACUACAGUGUGGGCUAAAUCAGAAAGUCAUGCAAGACAAAAUGGAAAGGCUUUAUUUACAGAAUAUAGGGGAAAGAUAAAUAUAAGGAAUUAAACAAGAUUAUUCUCAUGAUCGAACAAUAGUAAUAAAUACAGAAAAAUUUGUAAACUGUUCCUGGGGAGGGAGGGAGUUGUAGUUCAUCUACAUCCAGAGAGCACUAUGGACUCAAACAAUUUUGGAUCUGGACUAAACUUGGCAGUAAUACUCAAUAUGGCCAAGUAGACGCUUGGGCAUAUUGAGGAGAUGCUAAUUAUGUUGUUUUUAUUGCUUGUUGUGUUUUAUGUUGUUUGAAUGUCUGAUUUGUACUAUGAUAUUAUGUAUACUGUUUUGUUGGAAACCUCCUUGAGUCGCCGAUAGGCUGAGAAAGGCGGUAUACAAAUACAGUAAAUAAAUAAAUAAAAUAAAUAAGUAUGAACACUG